ACAUGGUACUUACCACAUUUUGGGGUAGACAACCCAAAUAAAAAAAAACUACGUCUGGUCUUCGAUGCCGCAGCUAGCACAAAUGGUUUGUCAUUAAAUGACUAUCUACUGAAGGGGCCGGACCUACUUACAUCUCUAUUCGGCAUUAUGGUAAGAUUUAGGGAGAACAGAGUAGCGGUGACCGGCGAUAUAAAAGAUAUGUUUUUAAGGAUAAAGGUAAGAGAAGAAGACCAGAACGCACUCAGAUUUCUGUGGAGAAGCAGUCCUGCAGAACAUGAAAAAACGUACGUGAUGACGUCAUUAAUAUUUGGCGCGAAAUGUUCACCGUUCAUAGCUCAAUUUAUUAAGAAUAAAAACGCACUAAGGUAUGAGUCAUCGAUGCCAAACGCCGUAGCAGCGAUAUGUAAUCAACAUUAUAUGGAUGACUACAUAGACAGUUUGCCAGACGAGGCCGCCGCCAUAACAAUGGUACGUAAUAUUAGUAAAAUUCACAAAUCAGGUGGUUUUCAUAUUUGUAAUUGGACUAGCAACAGUCCAGCCGUAUUGGAUAGUAUUCCAAAGGAGUCCUUAGGUACUACGGCCGUAAAGUUCAAAAUAGAUCAAGAAUGCGAAGGUGAACGUACGCUCGGAUUGAUAUGGUACCCGCGCGAAGACGAGUUGGGGUUCGAUGUGUCUCUCAAGCGCAUACCACAUGACAUAAUUAAUGGUAAGAAUAGACCAACAAAAAGAGUUAUGCUCAGAGUCAUAAUGUCAAUAUUCGAUGUAUUUGGAUUCUUAUCGCCAUUUUCUAUACAAGGUAAAAUAAUGUUGCAAGAUACCUGGCGCGCUGGAAUCAGCUGGGACGACUUAGUAACAGAUGACAUACAUAAAAAAUGGUGUCAGUGGGUCAAUGUACUAACGAGUGAAAUAAAAAAUAUCCGUCUGCCGAGGUGGUAUCAAGCAGCGACGAGUGGGAGCGAGUCAGCGAUAAAACGUAGCACAUCAGUUCAGGUAAACAUAACCUCUCUCACCUCUCUUACAUCUACAAGCGUAACCGAACGGGCUAUCGGCUACGAAACUGGCGUAGCUAAUAGCUGCGCUACGACAUCCCGCUGCAAUGACGUAGUGACAGGCGCUACGAAACAGGUUUUGGCUGGAAGUGAAUAUAGUAAUUUAGAGUUACACUUGUGUUGCGAUGCGUCGACUAAAGCAAUGUGCGCAGUCGCAUACUGGCGAUGGUACGUAAAUAAAGAUAUAUGUAUGUCAUUCAUAGCUAGCAAGUGCCGUGUCGCGCCCGUGAGUCAUACUACCGUGCCGCGUUUGGAAUUGCAAGCUGCUUUAUUGGCUGCGAGGUUGGCAGAUACAAUAAUCAGAGAACACAAAAUAAAUCCAGUAAGGCGUUAUUUUUGGUGCGACUCUAGUACCGUGCUACACUGGAUAUGUAAUAAUACACGUAGCUAUAAAACGUACAUAGCAAACCGGCUGGGUGAAAUAGACGAGCUAAGCCGCCCUGAGGAGUGGCGGUAUGUACCUACAAAAUUAAAUGUUGCUGAUCUCGCUACGAGAGAAAAUUACGACGAUUCUCUUUUUAAAAAUGAAUGGUUUAGAGGUCCGUCAUUCUUAUACAGCGAUGAGUCAUCGUGGCCGGUGAAUAUAAUCGAUAAGAUAAAUGAAAUGAGUUUAGAACGAGUAAUGAUAAUACAACAUGAAGAUUGUAACUUACCUGUACCUGACCCAGGAAGAUUUUCAUGCUGGUUACGACUGGUGAGGGCUACGGCAUGUAUUCUAAAAUUUAUAUACAAGUGUAGAAAGCAGAUUGAGACUGUUUGCACAGUCAUGAAGAGGGCUGAGCGAUUGCUGCUAAAAUAUACACAAGAACAGUCAUUCGGUGAUGAAAUAGCUGCAAUUAAAAAUGGUAACUGUUUGUCAAAAGGUAGUAAGUUACUUACGUUAUCUCCAUUUCUGGAUGAGUACGGGAUUCUCCGUGUCGGCGGCCGCAUAGAUGCUGCACCGGAUGUUGAACCUGAAAUGAAGAGACCUAUCAUCUUGGACGGGCGUAGUCAGGUAUCUCAAUUAAUUGUUAGAUACAACCAUGUGAAGACAGCCCACGGGAACCAGGAAACCGUUGUAAACAACCUGAAACAGAAAUAUUGGAUUAUUAGAAUACGUCCAACCGUAAAACAUGUAGCAUAUAAAUGUAUGUUUUGUAGAAUAAAAAGAGCAAAACCACAGGUACCGAGAAUGGGAGAGCUGCCUGAAGCACGACUGGCUCAUCAUCAGCGUCCUUUCACACACUGUGGUCUGGAUUUGUUUGGACCCAUGGAGGUCACUGUGGGGAGACAUAGAGAAAAAGGUAUGGAGUUUUAUUUACUUGUUUGA